AAAGCAACCAAAAAUUACUUAGAGAAAGAAAAGGAGAGAGAAAGAUCAGAGAGCUCUCUCGCUCCUCUACACCUCUCUCUCGCUCGCUCGCGCUCGCGCUUUUUCUGUGUCUGUGCUCGUUGCACUGCGCGCCGCGAUCCGAUCGCACCGAAUCUUUGGAACACCAAUUUUUUCUUUUUUAAUUCACACAUUAUUCGAAAAAUAGAAAGCCUCAACUAAGCUUAUCAUUCUUCUUAUCUAACUCUCUUCCCCCCAAAAAAAAAAAAAAAGAAAAAAUUUGAUCAUCAUAUUCCGUUUUUGCCCCUAUCAUUCGUCGAUCAACUCGUCGACUCGGUAAGGAAAAACCCUAAUUCUGUUCUUUUUUAAGUCUCUGAUAUGGCUGCGAGUAAUACGGUCAGUAACAAUUCUUCCGCCACCGCCGCCGCCGCUGUGACUGCCGCGAUGGCCAUGAGCUCGCCACGUCACGCCGGAGACGGUGUCGGUAGCCCCAAAUCGCGACGUGGCACGAGGUCUGGCACGCCGCCUUGGACCCAGAUUGUCCGGGGCGAAUCGGAACCGAUCGCGGCCUCAUUGCCUUCGGCUGCGCCAUCGACGGCUGUGAUUGAGCCUGUUGUCGCUGCUUCUUCUUCUUCUUCUUCUUCUUCAUCCUCAUCAUCGAUGUCGUCUGCUUCGUCUUCGCCCACUCAGGUGGAUGAGUCGGUGGGCGAGAGCUCUGAUAAUGGUAGUGUGCCGAACGGUAAUGCAGGUAAGAGGCCUGCGUGGAAUAAACCAUCGAAUGGAGCGGCUGAGAUUGGGCCUGUCAUGGGCGCUGUAUCUUGGCCCCCUUUAUCCGAAUCCACGAGGGCUUCUACGAAAUUAUUGUCUCCAGAAUCGUCUAAAGUUUCAUUAGAUGGAUCGUCGUCUGUAUCUGUAUCUGUAUCUGUAUCUGUAUCGCAGGAAACUGGAACCACAAUCACACCACCACAGAAACAAUCAAACUCUGCUUCAACUACAAAUCAUGCAGCACCAACACGGCACAGAUCAAUGAAGCAGCGAAACAAUGCAAAUGCACCAUCUAAUGGUGGCAACCCACAGCAGCAACCAUCAGCCAGCCACACUUUUGAAAUGUCUCCAAAUAACCCAUCUCCUAAGGACAAUACACAAAGGAGUGGAUUUGGUCCACAAACACAUGGUGGUGGUGAUCAUCCACAGCAACGAAAUUCAUUCAGGAGGAAUGGUGGCUCACAUCCACGUGGAGAUGGUUCUCACCAUCACAAUUAUGGAACCAGGCGUGAUCAUGACCGAGGAAAUCAAGACUGGAAUACCCCUAGAAAUUUUAGUGGCAGAGACCACAUGCAUAGAAGUGCUUCAAGGUUCAGGAAUUCUGCACCUCCUGGUAGUUCAACCUCUUAUAUCCCUGCUCAACCAGUGCGGCCUUAUCCGAUGCCAAUCACAGAGUUGCCACCUCCACUGUUGUAUGUGGCUCCACCACAUGAAUCACUUAGAAUGCAGUUCGUACCACCGAUAGCACCUUUGUAUUUUCCUCCUGCGGAUCUUCAGUUGCAUUCUAAGAUUCUUACUCAGAUAGAUUACUAUUUCAGUAAUGAGAACUUAAUUAAGGAUAUAUACCUGCGUCAGAACAUGGAUGAACAAGGCUGGGUUCCUAUUAAAUUAAUUGCAGGUUUCAACAAAGUUAUGAAUUUGACAGAGAGUAUCCAGAUUAUAUUAGAUGCUGUACGAAAGUCUAAUGUUGUGGAAGUGCAGGGUGACAAAGUAAGGAGGCGCAAUGAUUGGAUGAGAUGGAUAAUGCCUCCUUCUGUUCAGUUUCCUAAUGUUCAAAGCCCACAGACCCCUGGAAAGUCCAGUCAUGAUAUGCUGGCCACUCAUGUCCAAAGUAUCGCACUGGAGGAGAAGAAUACUAGCCAUAGCAGUGUUCAAGCAGGUGCCGAUCACUCUAUUUCAGCAAGAAAUUAAAGUAAUGUGCUCUAAUGCACAUAUUCCUCAAAAGAGAAAAUGGAGGGAAGGAGGGGGAGCCGAUUUAGGCUACAGUGAAUCUGUUACUUUUCGUCAUAAUACUACUGCCUUGGCAUGAUGAAACAUGCUUUUUUUAAAGAAAAAAUAGAACGACAGAUUAGAAAGGGGAAAAAGAGACUACUAUUAAGAAACAGGAGAAAAGACUAAAAGGGAGAAAAAAAAAUAAAAAUAAAAAAGUUUAUGACUAAAUCCAAUUCCGGUAGCACGAGUUUAAUAGGAUUCGUGUAUUUUAUUUUAAUUUUUUUUAUUUUGUGGGGUGCUUUCUUUUUGCUCCAUUGAAUCUAUGGCGGCAUGUUUAGUGCUUGCAUAUGUGGGGAAUUUUUGAUGUCUCAUCCCCUUACUGCCCCUCAGCUGGUUUUUAAGAAUCUUUGGGGCCAAUUCCUUCUCAUUUAGGAGGAUAACUACGUGAUAUGUGAGAGCUAUGGAAGAAAUGCACUUUGUGGGGUUGUCUGCCUGUUUAUGAAAGGGAGGGUGGCUUUUACUGGAUGCUGCAGCUUGUGCUACAACUAGGUUGCUCUAUUUGCUUAUGGUUGAUGAUGGCGCAGGAUGAUGUUUCUCUGUUAGAUUUUACUCUUUUAUUACCAUAUAUAUAUAUAUAUAUUAAAAUUACAUUGAUAUGUAUACCUUUUAUCUUCAAACUGAAGAUUUUACAGCAUAAAUGUGGUCCUCUGGGGAACAAACCUGAUUUGUCCAGGUUCAAACUGGAUUUGGUUGGUAUUUGAUGUUUCAUUAAAUUGUGGAGCUUUUCUACUUUUGUUUCGGAUCAUCGCAUUUGAACUUAUACCUGCAAUGUUCUAUUUUUCGUUUUUCA